UUUCCACUCACUGCCUGCACGAUGUCCGACAGAUCUAUUUCUAUUUAUUGGAACAGCAUGAGUUUGCACAACUUCAUACUCUUGUGCCUCUCCAUCGAACUCCUUCUUUUCAAAGACGCUUGACAAGAUGAUCUCCCUCAAUUCCAACACCCUUAAAGUCGCUGGUGUUGUGACGUUCUACAUGUCUGCUGCCCUGGUGAUGGUUUUUGUGAACAAGGCGGUUUUGGACAAGGCCCCCGAGUUGCCUCUGUUAUUCCUUUUCAACCAGUUACUCAUUGCGGUGGUAUUGUUACGUGUGGCCGCCGCAUCCUCAAAGCAUGUCGAAAUUCCAAGAUAUGAUCUUUCAGUUGCUAAAAAGCUAGUCCCGGUUGUAACUGUCAACAUUGUCGGGCUUGUAUUCAACACUCUGUGUUUACGAGGAGUUGAGGCGUCAUUCUUUCAGAUUGCCAGAGGAAUGCAACUACCUCUAACUAUCUUCAUAUCCUCUCUGAACACUCGAUCGACGCCGUCCCCAAGGACGGUAGGUGCCGCUAUCAUCGUUACACUAGGUUUCUUCCUUGGAGUCGCACCCUCUUCUUCAAUUCCCAUAACGGCUUCUCCUAGCAUUCUAUCACUUUUCUACGGGCUCCUGUCUUCAUUGUUCAUCGCGAUCCACGCCGUUUUGAUCAAAAGCUCAUUGCCUCACUGCAAUAAUUCCACAAUCAAGCUCGCCUGGUGGACCAACGCGGGAUCCGCUGUUUUGCUCCUGCCGUUUAUAGUUCUGAACGGGGAACUGCGGCUGGUUUAUGAGAUGAUUCAGCGCGGCAACCAUGAGCUACAUAUAUUCGGCUGGGGAAGUCUAGUGACAGGAGUCUUCGGUUUUCUGUUAUGUGUUGCGGGUUUACUGAGUAUCAAAGUGACGAGUCCAGUGACACAUAUGUUUUCAAGUGCUGCGCGUUCGGUGAUUCAAACCCUUUUAGGAGUAUUAAUCUUCCACGACUUGUUGACAAUUAAUCGCGGUGCAUCUAUCUUCGUGAUACUGUGUGGCACUAUGUACUUUACGUGGGUGAAAUCGCUAGAACAGCAACCACAGCCACGCCAGCCCGUUGAUCUUGAAAGCGUCGGACGUACUGGUCGCAACACAGAGCCAAAGACCGACUUGGACGUGGUCUGGGAGGUUGAUUCUGAGGGCAAUGAAAUCAAGAAGUAACGGGGGAAAUGUUUCGAAACGUACCAUGAAAUCUAAAAUUAGAGAGAAACUGUAUACAUAUUAGGGGUUCCUGUUCCUUGUUCCUUAUGAAUUACCGACGUGGUACGACUCACAGGCUGUCCGUUAUAGUCCAAGUUUUGGGAAAUCUGAUAUCAGC